AUGACGUACUCUUGGUACAACAUUAGAAGUGAUUAUAAAAACAAUAAAAUCAAAUACACCCACGAUGGAUCCACCUGGCAAACAAUUACUUUUACAGAUGGAAUGUAUUCCUACUCAGAUAUCAAUGAUUACAUUCAUCAAUACAUGGUUCAAAAAAAUCAUCACACAACAGAUUCCAAAGGAGAAAAGAGUUAUUCAAUUAAUUUAACUUUUAUACUAUCUACCUAUCGAGUUCUCAUAUCACUUGAUGGUGAUUAUCAACUUGAUCUGAGAGGAACAGAAUUUGGGGAUUUAAUUGGAUUUGAAAAGAAACUUAUUACAAAAACAGAGUAUGGAACAAAACUACCAAAUAUCACAAAUUCGAUUGAUGUGUUGAAUAUCAACACAAGCGCAAUAACUGAUAGCAUUGUAAAUGGUAUAAAUACAAAUACUCUUGCUGUGGUACCAACAGACAAUCUAACAAGGUCUUUUCCAUUUACGUUUGAACCUAAAAGACCAUUGUAUUGCCCUUUAUCAUCAUUUCACAUUGAUGAAAUGAGAAUCUAUGUGACAGACUCACUUGGAAGACCAGUAAAUUUUAAUGGUAUUGAUUGGUUUAUGACUUUAAUACUCCAUUCAAUGUAAUAUAACUAUUAAAAUAAAAUGAUGCGACAAUCAGAGUUUAAAAUGAGAUUUGACCCAGAAUUGGGAAAAUACACAAGACAACAUAUUUAUGGAGAAGGAAUGAUGGAUGCGUUUAAAUCGUUUGGUUCAAAAUUAUUUGGAAAAACAGUAAAAUCAGCUGUUAAAAAAGGAGCUAAAAAAGCGGUAGCAACAGCUGCAACAAAAACUGGUGAACAUGUUGGUAAAAAGGCUGGUGAUAAAAUAGUGCAAAUGCUAACCAAAAGUAGCCUGCGUCGCAGACACUCUAAACCUUCUGUAUAGAGAGUCUGCGAAUUAGUGCACAAUAUCGUGUUCGAAUCCCGUAGAGUAGCAUGGAUAUAUGUCGGCGUUAUUGAUUGGCUAUUUUCUUUCGCAGUUUGUGAUUAGUCCGAUUUGAAUUAAGCGUUGACAGGCCAAACAUGACUCAUAGCUCGUGACCAGAGAGAUUGAGCUCGUGAUAGUGUGAAACGUGACUUUAGAGACCCCUAGAGUAGCUUGAACAACAGAUGUUUUUCUUGCUCUCUUUUUGCGUAAUUUAUACAGUGCAUGGAGUAUUCUACCAUUUGACUGAGCAAUUUUUUUUUGCCUCUUUGAGUCUCACCUUUAGCUACAUUUAGAGGUUGUGAAGCUGGUCUGUUUCAUACAUAUUGAGUAAUUAGUUCCUGUAGUUUAUUUUUUGGCAAAUGUUUUCUAAGAGGAUUUGAUCACAGAUGCAUAAAUGAUUUUCUUUUACCUCUGACUAAGCCUUAAGCUUCUUUAUUGCGGCUAAAUAACCUAAGUUUCUUUGGUUUUCAACGAAACGCUUGGACCUGAAUAGCUACAUGUGUGUAGUUUUUUUUUUUUAUCGUGAAUAACGUGAUGAUUUCUUCAUUUGUUUUGACUCUAGAACUGUCGGCUAGAUUACAGAAUACGCAAUAGUACAUCUGCAGCGAUUGGGAGACGCUGGGAAACAAGCCGGCAAAUUUACUAGCAAAUUUUGGCCUUGAAGGAAUUAUCUCAAAGCGUUUUUUUGCUCAGAAGACGGCUCUAAGGUUCGAACUGAUCUUUCGAUUACUGUAAACGAUCCUUGCCAACUCCCUUCUGUGAAUUUUAAUUGACAUGUCACUGCGCCCAACCGUCACGCACACGUAAAAAUUAGGCCAAUCGUGCGGCUUGUAAGAAACCCGCCUAUCAGAAACGCUCACAUAUGUCCUUGCGACUCUGCAGGAUAUUGGAACGAGCUUUUGUGCACUAAUUCGCAGACGGACUAUACAAAUGGUUUAGACGAGUACGUGGGCCGGCUGCAACGCAGGCUAACCAAAAGUAAUAAUAAACCAAAAGUUACUUUUAAUAAAAAUGUUGCAACAAUUCCAAGUGAAAAAGAGUUAAAUCAAAGAUUGAAUAACCUUCUUAGUGGAGGUUCAACACGUAAGAGAAAAUUAUAUAAUUAUUAAAAUAAAAUGAAGUCUUUUAGAAAUCCAAAAUAUUUAGACAGAUAUGAAGAUGUUGUAUUUGACCUGGAACAGACUUUAGAUACUGCCCCAGCAAAUAACGCGCACCAAACUAAAACAGGUCUUAGAUUUGUUGCUGAUAAUACAGGAGAAACUACUCCUUUUGAUUGGUUUAACGCCCGAUUAUCAGUGGAUUUUAAAGUAAAUAAGCUGGCAGAUGGAGGAAAUAUUGCGGUUGCUGACCAUAAUGGAAUUGUAAAUGGUAGUAACUCUGUUAUAGAAAAAUUAAGUAUCCUGGCAAAUGGUCGAGAAGUUUAUAGUUGUAAAAAUUUACUUGAGUAUAAUCCUUCAUAUGCACAGAGCGUUGCUACAAACGAAUUUUAUUUUCUUGAUACAUCAAGAGCUGCAGAGGAAAGACCUGCUCAAGCAACUUAUAAUAAAGGUUUUCAUCAAAGGAAAUUACUAUUAGGUGCAUCAGCCACAGUAAACUGUGAAAUUCCUCUUAAUAGAUAUUCUUUCUUUGAAGCAUUGGAAGAUAAACUACUUCCUAAUACAAAAAUUGAGCUAAAUAUCGAAAUUGAAAAAGAUGCAAAUUUAAUUUUUCAAGGUGCUGAUGAUUGUAGAGUUAUUAUAACAAGACUAAAACUUUUUAUUCCAAAACUUACGUUUAAUUCAGAAGGACAAAAGUUGUACAUGGAAAAUUAUCUUAAACCUUACAAAUGGACAUAUUUGAAUGAAGUAGUUGAAAGGUCAAAUAAUACACAACAACAAACAGGACAUUUUAGAAUUACAAAUGCUAUUUCAAAGCCAAGGCAUGUAUUUGUUUUUGGAAUUGAUACAGCAAGAAUUGAUUAACAAACAGCAAAUCCAUUUCUAUACGACACUUUUAAUUUACCAAAUAAUGCUAAUAUAAGAGAUUGUCACCUGGAAGUUGCAAAUGGAAACGAAUAUCCAUUUAUUCACUUUAAACCUUCUACAGAUAUGUCAAGAGUUUUUAGAAAUGUAAUGUCAUACAUCUAUGCAAAUAAUGAUUAUCAAGGUGGAACAUUACUUAAUAUAAGUAAUUUGAAAUCUUUAUUUCCUUUUGUUUAUUUUGACCUGACAAAACAAAAAAUGGAUAUCAAAGAUGGUGUUACAAAACUAGCAUUUCAUUACGAAUUAACUGAUAAUCCAAACGCUGAUUAUAAUAUUUACGCAUUAGUCUUACAUGAAAGAGUAGCAGAAAUAUCACAACAAGAUGGCAAACUAUUGCUUCGUGCUUAAUCUAAUAUUAAUAUAAAAUGGAAGAGGAUUAUUACUCAGAUGAUGAUGAAAAAGUAGAAGCUAAAGUUAAUAUUUAUUACGCAAAUAAAAUAAAAAAUAUAUUAAAAAAUGCUAAAUUUUUAGUAAAAGAUUAUAUUCAAGCUAUUGUUUAUUUAACCCAAAAACAACUAAACGAAUUGUAUAAAGGUAAACCUAUAACCUUAAAUUUAAGAGCAAAUAUAAAUACACCAAAAACUAAUAUUUUUGAAUUUCUUACAAAAGAUAGAUCAAAUUUACCAUCUAUCAUUUACCUUUCACUAGAUCAAAUGACACAAAUUUUUUCUCGUUAUAAGAAUAGUACUAAAACGUUUAAAAUAACCUUAUCAGAAAAACAAUUAUCAGCUACCCUAAAAGAAAUUAAAAAAGUAAACAAACAAAUUGAUUCUUUUUUUAAUGAUUUUAAAGAUAAAAAUAAAAAUUAUAAUAUCUUAGUAAAAAAUGAAUAUGAUAAAUUUAUAUCUAACUUAAUGAGUUAUUCUUCAAAAACCCCCAUGCUAGAAAGCAGAAAACAAAAAGUUGGUAAAGUAAUUAAAACUCUAUUAAAAAAAACAGAAAGAGUGGGAAAUUAUUAUCAAACUUUAGUAAAUACAAGCUUAAUAGAUAUACAUAACUUUAUAAAAAAAUGUAUACAAGGAAAUACUAAAGGUGAUUUUACUUUAAAUUUAUAUUCUAAAAUAAAAGGAAGUAGAAAAUAUAAAAUAUUUCCAUUCGUUCUUUUUUUAACAGCAACACAAAAAUAACAAUUAAAAAUAUGGCCAAAUGAUGUGGCGAUUUUGAAAUUAACUUUAAGCAACAAUCAAUUUCAUAAAACAUGUUUUGCUACAAUAUUACUAAAUAGAGAUAUUUAUCACUUAAGUAAAUAUGAUUAUUUACCUCCUGCACCAAAAAUAAAAAGAAUUACACCACUUUUAGCAAUUGAAAUGAAAAAUUUAAUAGAUUUUGAUAAUCCUCCCACAACAAGCAAACCAGAUCUUAUUUCAACAACCAGCAAACCAGAUCUUAUUUCAACAACCAGCAAACCAAAAACAAAAACAAAAACAAAACCUGUAAAUAAAUUAAAUGAAAUAAUGGAAAAGAAUUUAUUAGAUUUUACCAAAGAACCGUAUAAACAAUUUACCCCAAAUCAAAGUGUUAAAAAAAUACAAACUGAAGUAAGAAACACCUUAAUAAGUGAAAUUAAAUACCCACUAACAAAAGAUGUUAUUGGAUUAAAAUUAACAAAAGAAUUGAAAGAAAAAAUAAGUAAACUAACUACAGAAGCAGCAAUUGGAUUAACUUGGAUUAUAAGAGCAUUAGUAGAAAGUAAUAAGAAAAAAUUAAAUGUUUAUUAUGUAAAUAAUAAUUACUAUCGUUUAUCUAAAAAACAAAUAAAAGAAAUUGUUGAGUAUUAUUUUACUUCAUUAUCUUUACUUUUAAAUCCAGCACAAAAAUAUUAAUAUAAUCACUUUAAUAAAAUGUCAACUUAUAUUGAAUGCGGUGUAAAACUUACAGAUGGGCAAAAGUCAAAACUGAUAAGUGCAAUCAGAAAUAAUACACCACUAACUCUUCGGUUAAAACAUUCUCAUGUUCGAGGAUCAGAUGAGUUAAUGCUAACAAAAAGACAAAUUACUAAAAUAAAAAAAUCACUGAGAGAUGGCUCAGGAUCAGAUAUAAAAAUAAGUAAAACCCAAAUUAGAAAAUCUGUAAAACAUGGAGGAUCCUUAUUUUCUUCACUCGCAUCUCUUGGAGCAAAAGUACUACCAUAUGCAAUAAAAGGAAUUUCAAAAGCUGUUCCUGCAUUUGCAACUGGUGCUGCUACUGCACUUGGAGAACUUGGAAUAAAUAAAAUAUUUGGAAAAGGAAUUACAAUUCCAAAAAUGUUUUUCCCAUUUUUACCACCUCUUGUAAGAGAAUUUACCAAAUCACAAAUAAAUCAAAUUAACAGAGCUUAUCAAUCAGGUGGACGACUGGUUAUCAAACCAACUCGUAAACAGAUAGAAGGAGGAUUUUUG